ACUACAGCACAGCUCCAAAAUGGUACGUCCGACCGCAAGGCGUGAUAUCUUUCUAGUUGCAGAUUUCACAUCUUCCCAAGAUUGACACGGGUCGCCAUUUUUGUCCAAAUUAGGCCGACGAAUGGGAGGUACGGAGAGGAGCGAGGCACAAAGGGGUUUGAGGAUGGCGAGGUGGAGUGAGGCGAGCAGAGUGAGAGCGAAGGCGGGCCACUGUGCCUUAGGCAUGGGACUGUUGGUAGGCCAGCGAGACCGAGCGAAACCAAGCUGAGCUCAAAAGUAUCGAGCGACACCGAGAGAACUGCGUCGUAGAGAACGAUGCUCGUCGACGGCAAAUACCACCGUCUCACCCAUACCACCUCACCCUCCCCAACCCAACAGGAACGCUUCUCCAAAAGCCGCAGCCGGGCCUACUACUUCAACCGCAACACCGGCGAAAGUCUAUGGGAAAAGCCGCCCGGUUUCGUCGGGGGUGCUGCAAGUGGUGGUGGGGCGACGGCGGAGAAAGUGCGCGCGUCGCAUUUGCUGGUGAAGCAUCGGGAGAGUCGGAACCCUAAGAGUUGGAAGGAGGAUAACAUUACGCGAACGAAAGAGGAGGCGUUGCAAAAGAUCAAUGACUUCCGCACCCAACUCAUAUCCGGCACAGACUUUGCACAACUCGCUAGCAAAGAAUCCGACUGCAGCUCCGCCAAACGCGGUGGCGAUCUCGGGGUGUUUGGGCGGGGUGAUAUGCAAGCCGCAUUUGAGAACGCCACCUACGCCCUUCAAGUCGGCGAACUGAGCCAGCCGGUGUUUUCCGACAGCGGCGUUCAUCUGAUUCUGCGAACGGCGUGAAAUGUGAAUUGAAGACCUGUUUGUUGUAUAUAUCGCCAUAAUUGACUAUCAUACCCUGUUCUCGCGCACCGGCAUCC